AUGCCAAUUGCAACAAUUGAAACAAAAUCUGUAAAAAUUGAUGAUGAUUUAACUGAUUUAUCAUGGCUUAUACAAAUGAAUAAUAAUAAACAACCAUUUUCAAUAUCAAAUGUAUAUAAUCAUGAAAAUAGAAACAGAAAAAUUGAACGAAUAAAUAAACCAUUUGCUGUUGUAAAUGGUCAAACAAUUCGUCCAUCAAUACCAACAUUUUCUCAUGAUCAUCAAUAUUCAAAUGAAGAAAAUCAAUUCUAUCCUCCUCAAUCAUUAAAUAAUCAAACGAUGAAACGUAAAUUUGAUUCAUCAUUAUCAUAUCAUCAUCAACCAAAACGUUUUCAAUCUGAACAAAUUCUUCCAAUAUAUCCAACAUCAUCAUUAUCAUCUGAAUCAUUCUACAUUGAUCGUCCAUCAUUUUGUACUCAACAACGAACAUUUAUUCCAACAACAUCACGACAUAUGUUACUCAAAAAUAAUCCAUCACUUUCUGAUACAAUAUCAACUGUUCAUAUGUCAAAAAAUUUAAAUGAAUCAAUGGAACUGAUGGAACAUAAAAAUAUUUAUUCCGAUGAUAUUGAACAUUUAUUAGAUAUAUUUAAAAAUGAAGUAGAAAUGAUUGGACUGGAUCCAAUAGCAACAACAAGCGCAGGUGAUUGUGUUGUUGAUUUCGGUCAUUGUUUACCAUCAAAUGAAUUUAGUCCUUAUUGA